AUGGGAUGGUAUGAUGGUGGUGAGAAGCUACUGGAAGAAGAGCAGAAUGUCCGACUUGGUGAGAAUGUCCUUGUUGCAAGCAUUGCAUUUACCUUAUUCUGGAUCAAUUUUGGUCUCUCGUGGUAUUUCUCAACUCGACGCAUAGCUGAGUUUACAAGGUUUACAUCUGCACAAAAGGCCGAUUGGUGUUCCAGAGUCAAUUCGACGAUUCAUGCAAUACUCGUCGUCAUUGGUGUAGCAUAUGCGCUGGCAGAUAUAUCAUGGGGCGAUCAGUUCAUGCCCGUGUCGUCGAUUCGUGCAGCGAGCUUUAUUUUCUCAAUUGCAAUUGGUUAUUUCCUCUGUGAUCUCAUAAUUAUUAUCAUCUGGCCAGUCCCAUUGCAAUGGGUCUUUAUUAUUCACCACCUUGUUGCUGUAGUCCCAUACUUUAUCAACAACUUCAUUUCAUGCUGUGCUGCGUGCCAAUUUGGUCUUUUACUCUUCUUACUGGUUGAGCUAGCGACCUUGCCACUAAAUGUACGUGGGUUUUUAGAUGCAAGAGACCGUCAGGAUUCCAAGCAUUAUAUGCGGUCUAUCUAUAUAACGUACAUGAUUUGGGGAAUUUCACGCAUGAUCCUGCCACUCUUCGUCAUGUAUGAAUUCUGGGCAUACGCGUAUCCGUCGGAUCGGAACCAUGAUACGUGUUUUUUUCCUAAUCUCGUGAGUGCACACAUCAUUGCGCUCUUUUGUGUUGGUGUAUUUUUCUUCGUCCAUACACCAGAGAUGAUUCAGAUCCUAUGGAAACAGCAUGAACAGCAACAAGGUCAUGGCUUUACAGACAAUUCAUCCAGUGACAUUGCUGUGAAUACAGACGAUGCAGACGUGAUUGAUACUCAAGUGACGGACGUUCGUAGUUCCAAGACAAACAAAUCCAGCAGUAUGCGAAGUCUCACCUUGUCAUUAUCUAGACAGAAGGAAUCAAUUGCAGACGAUUCAUAUGAUGAUAUUGAACUUGGUGUCAUGCCUCGAAGUGUCCGUUCUGGAAUCGUCUCAUAA